AUGUGUCAAGGAUAUAGGGCGGUAGUUUGACGGAUCUGAAGUUUUUUUCCACGUUUGAAAAAUAGGAAUUACCGUGGUAGAUUUCCAGGAGGGUGGAAUGAAACCGGAAUAAAAAAAGAUUCGUUAAACAGAAUAGACAGAGGAAUAGAAAUAGAUGUAGAGCACCUUUUUUUAAAAACAAGUUGAUUGAUUAAGUCAGGCGAAAAAAACCGCAUUUGGGAGGUAAAGCUAUCAGAGUUUUAUAAACAAGUUCAGGAGUGAACGAAAUAGAGCAGUUAGUGGCUUUUUGGGGAAGGGAAAAAUGGGCAUCAAAUCGUAAACUUCAUCAGAAAAAAAUUUGUGCUAAAAAAAUUUGAGCAAAAAAACAUCUGCUUUUGAGGAGCUUUCAGAAAUAAGGGAAUUGUUGUAAGUAAUGUUGGGGAUGGAAGAACAACAUUUGAGUUUUUUGGAGAUAUAUUUGGAAAGUUGAACAUGGUUGAAAUUGUUAGCAAUGUAAGUUUCCUGUGCCAGGGAGAUGGAGGAGGCACAAGCUUUGAUUUUUUUAUACAGUAGAUUGAAUUGGAGGCGAGUAGAAUUAUUGAAAAAGAUUAGCACGAAUGAGACUGGCUCUUUUAAUAUUUAGCCGGCGAAUACGAUUGUCAUGGUUGAAUGGGCGACGACUGAGGGGGAGUUAGAAAAACUAGAACAGGAAUCACGAACAAUUUCAUUAAAAAAAUUUUUUUAAAAAAAUGAGAAAAAUUUACUACACUUGAGAGGUUCCUCAAGGACUACUUAGAGAUGACCCUAAAGUGGCCACUGAAACCAUCUCCAUAGAAGCCACUGAAGUGGUUUUUAUUGGUCUAGUAUCAGCAAAGACUCCUAAAGAGGCUAAUUAGUUUGAGUCACUUUAGUGGCCACUUACACGUCAGAACCCUAAAGUGGCCACUAAAACCAUCUCCAUAGAAGCCACUAUUUUGCGUCUUAGCGCCGACUAUAGUAGUUUUCAGCGGCCUAAUAGUACUACUCAGACUUUCUUUGAAUUUGAGCCUCUUAAGUGGCCACUAGUUCUACUACUAUAGGGACCACCAAAAUGCCGAAACGCUAAAGUGGCCACUGAACAUUUUUACAGUGUAGCCGAAGGAAAAUAUUUUUUUUUUUUUUUGAAAAUUGACCGUGAAUUAGCUGAGUUUCGGUCAAUUUUAUCAAGAUCCCGGAUUGGACUUUUCACCUUUUUUUUUUUCAUUAAGAGAUCGGUUAGCAUUGGCUUCUGUCGUUUCAGUAUUUCCAACAGAAAAAGAACAGUUUGAUUUUUUGAAGAUCGAAUGGAAUCUCUUGGAACUUACUUACAAUUAUCGGAGGCCUCUGUGAAACAACAAACUCAUGAAGAAUAUUUCAAAAAAAAAAAAUUCUAAAGUUUUACGAAAGCAAAGAGAUAAUAUUUUUCUGAAGAAAAAAAGCUUUCACGAAUACAUGAAAAAAUAUUUAAUUUGGAGCUUUUCAGGUGGUCGUGAUCAGUGUGGCCGGUGCGUUUCGAAAAGGAAAAAGUUUUUUGCUCAACUUUUUCCUUGAGUACCUCUACAAUCUCCACAAGGCUCAACAGGUGCAUUAAAUGGACAGUUAUACGGUUUUUGAUGAAAAAAUGGCCUUGAAAAUUUAUCACAACUCUUAGUCGGUAAAAAAACAAACGUUCUUUCACAAAAAUCCAGGAAUGAAUAAAUUUGAAAAAUUUUUUUAAAGUAAAAGCUUGAAAAAAACAGAUUUACUUUCCAAAUUUGAAAUUUUUUUUUUAACGAUUUAUGAACAUUUAUUUUCUUUUCCAAAGUUAUAAAGUCAUUUAGAAAAAAAAUGGAGAAGUAAAGCUCAAAAAAUAUUCUAUUUGUUGAAAUACGAUUCAAAAUUUCAUACUUGGGAAAGUUUUUUUUCUGGGAGCUUUCAUAGCCGUACUGAAAAAAACUCCUAGAACUUUUGAACAGUUAUUUUAAAUCCCGGAUGAGGAGUUUCCUUGCGAAAGUUUCGAAAAACAGACGAGAAAAAAUGAGCUUUAACCUCAGAGAGGUCUAAUAACAUUCGAGAAAAAAGAAAAAAAAAAUUAAAAUUGAUUUUUCAUUUUUCCGAAGAGUACUGUACGUGAAAUUCUGCAUUCGGAGGUGUGCACUUUGUAGCACCAAAUUGUUCUGUCCAAAUUCGAAUUCAAAAAAGCGAAUUUUAAACCAACUAUUCAAUACGUGUCUCCCAUACCGGUAAAUCGCUCGUGAGGGCGUUUUUAUAUCGGGUUCCCUUCACUCAAAUUCUUCCUUUUCAAAUACUCUGUAUUUUCUUGUUUGAGUGGAAUAAAUAGAUAAAUAAACCAAGGAUUGAAGACAGAUUCGUCGAUGGACUGGCUGACCGACGAGUGUCAACUCCACGGCUUCCACUGGAGGUCCGGCGCCAAAAGAGACACGGUCGGGAUCUGGCUCUGGGGCGAGCCGAUCAUGAUCGAGGCGCCCAGCGGCGAAAUGUACGCCGUCUUGUUGGUCCGUGCCUUCAUCUCCUUCCAUUUCCAAAACCCAAUCUUUUUCACUUUUUCUAACGAUUUUUUGUUAGGGACAUCUAGUUCAGAGCUCUCUUCUGGAAUUUCUAUGAAUUUGGCAGAUCUGGUUCAAACUAGCUUUUUUUUUGCCCAUGCUAGUUUGUAGAUCAAUCGGUCAAAACCCUUUUUUCCUCAUUUAAAAAAGAUUCUCUUAGAAUUCCAGUUAAACGAAGAUUUUCAGAUGGACACUCAGGGAACUUUUGACAAUUCUUCGACUUAUCAACAAUGUAUGACGAUUUUCGCGCUCUCGACGAUUGUUAGUAGUGUACAGGUGAAAAUCAAAGUCUUACCUGACUAUAAUGUUUCUCGUUUGGUUAAAAUUGAAAAAGAAGAAAACGAACAAUUCGAGAAAAAGUGAAAAUCAUUCAUUUGAACUUUUCUUAUGCGGUUCAAAGGGGUUUGGUGAAAUUCAAAAGAGCCGUCAGAGAAUGGAAAAGAUAACUGAAUUUGAGAGAGUCAGAGAUAAUUUUACUUUUCGCUCAAAUUACUGUCGACAUGGCAUUAGAUUUUGAUCAAAAUGGAUCUUUUUAAUGAUAAAGUUUUUUUUUUCUCAGAAGAAAAUCUUGAAUUUUUCAUAGUUCAUCUCAAAAAUUAUCUGGAAAUUACAGAUUUACAACGUUGUUGAUAAUAUACAAGAAGACGCCCUGCAGCACCUGUCAUUAUUCGUCGAAUAUGGCAAAAUGGCGAUGAAUGAAGCUCAGGGGUUCGGGAAACCGUUUCAGGUCGGUCGCAGAUGAUAUAGGGCCUUUCUAUUUAAAAUUAGAUUCAUGAAAAUGCGAAAAAAAAAGCUUCAGUUUUCCUUAUAAGUUAUCUUAUUUCAGACUUUAUGUUUUUGUGUCCGCGACUUUAAAAAUCAAGAAGAAUACGAACUGGGCGACGUCGGCGGCGCUGACUUUCUAGCCAAUGUUAUGCAGGUUUUAUUAAUUUUCUUUUAAAAGCUCUUUCCAGAAACUUGAAAAAAUUGAAAAAAAAUUAGAAUUCAAGCUUUAGCUAAAUUAAAGGCAUAGGGGCAGUAAAAAAUGGGGUUUCAGGUGAAAGCAGUAUCUUAAACAGUUUUUCUUUACGAAUCCAACUGUGUGCUCAAAAAAAUUACAGAUGUAACAACUUUAGAAGAAAAACGCGAUUUUACUUUCCCGCCUUUAAUUUUGAAAAAAAAGCUUUGGAUCGGUAUGCAGACAAAUGUUUACAGUAGCCGUACACGCGAUGUUGCGGACGUCUCAUUAGACUCGCAUUUUGGGAGAAAUAACCGGAUUUCUGCUUCAAGUUAAGGGUUUCUUCUUUGAAAAGUUGAUUAAGAAAACAAAAAACACACAUUGAUAAUAAAGGAAACACAAAAUAUCGCUAUCCCAAUCGAAACCUGUGUAAAAUCAUCAUUUUUCACCAGAAAAGCAUUUUUGCGAACAAAGUUUGCUAAUUAUACAUGAAUAGAAAGUUUUUGUGACGAAAAGAAAUUUGGUGACAACAGAAAAAAUUGAAAUUUGAAAGAAACAAAGGAAAAAGCGAAAAUCCGGAAGAUGGCGAAGCCUGUUGUCCAUAGAGCAACUUUACUGCAAGGCGCCCUUUUCGCGGGAACUCAAACUUUCCUCUCUCCGACUUCGAAUUAUUUUUUCUCCAAAACUAUGAACUUCUGUACAUUUCCAAGUUCACCGUUCGAUUCGCAAUGAAAAGCUCUACAAAAUACUGCUUUGAACUGAAACACCGUUUUUUACUGCCCCUAUGCCUUUAACCAUUUUUGAUUAAAAGAGAGAAUUGUUUUAUGAGGUUUUUCGUAUGUUAUUUUUUGGUGUCGCAGCUCUUGGACUUUCUGUUAUAGAAAUCGCAGUUUUCAAUUCGUUUUCUUAUUUUUUGACUCUUUAAACAAGAACAAAAAUUCUCAUGAGAUUUACAAAAAAAAAAAAAAAAAUCAAAAAGUUUUGAGUUUGAUUUUUUUGUUUGAAAAAGUAGACAUUUUUCUCUCAGACCUCCCCUUCCCAACCAGACGAGCUCCGGUCGGUCCGUGAGCAACUUCACGAGUAUUUCGAGAAUAUCAUGUGUUAUUUAUUGCCUCAUCCCGGCUAUAAGGUUGCAGAACGGCAGAGUUUCCGAGGACAUGUCAAAGGUAUAACGAUUUUGAAACGUUUUGGAUCCAAGAACAUUUUUUUCAAAAAAAGGAUAUUCAAUGGAAAUUCAUUUCUUCAAAAGGCAGUUAUAAUCAAAUUUGACUGAUUCUCCAAAAAGGUAGCUUAUUUUACUUUGCGUCAAAGAAUUUCGUGAAACUAGACCAGGAAACUCUUCGAAAAUGGAGCAAAAAAAUUUUUUGUCGAAAUUUUUUCUAAGAUGGGCAUAAAAUGGUGAAUUUCAAAAUUUUGAGCUGUUCUCUCACUCCAUCAUCAAAACUUCCUCAUUUUUCGAAUAAAAAAAAAUUGGCAAAAAAAAUUUCCCCAAAAAGGGACCGAACCUGCAUCAUAGGUUUCACAGCGCAAGGCCGCUAGCCACUACACCACGCCGCCUGCUGGAAGCUAGAGUUAGCCGCCGCAACACAUUCCCUCCCCCCUUACAAUGCAUUUUUUGCGUGCAAACUUUGAGGCGCCCUAACUCGACUGAAACCAAAAAGGCGCACUUUUUUUCAACUGCUUUGGAUUCAGGGUGUUCGGAAGUACCUAUAUACCAAGUUUCAUUAAAUUCCAAUACCUCGACCUUUCGCACUUCCCGUGUGAGUAGAAAGUUGUGCAGGUUGAGACUUCCAGAAUCUUUAUCUGCCUAUUCAAAAAGGGUUCUGAUAGAUUUGGGAAAUGUUCCGCGCCGCAAAUUAAAAUGAUCUGCCUUGUUAGAAGUUUCAAGCUUCUAUUGGAUCAAUUUUUUUUUCAGACCUUCGAUUCUCAGGAAAUUUUGAUUUUUUAAAGUCUUCCAGACCUCCGACCAGUUUUCCGAGAAGAACUCAAGAAAAUGGUCCCGAAUUUGUUAUCGCCACACGCGUUGAGACCCAAAAUCGUGAAUGGCAAACCCGUGACCUGCCGGAAAAUGAUCCACUACUUCAAAGUACCCUUUUCUGGAAAUAACUUCACGACGCUUCGAAUUGAAGGAAUACGCGGCGUCGUUCGAUGGAAACUCUCUGCCGGAGCCGAUGAGCAUCCUGAACGCCAACGCCAAGUUGAUCUGCAUGGAAGCGGCUCACGAGGCGAAAGUCGCUUAUUGUCGGGGCAUGGACAGGGUAAUCUUGAUAGAAAUAAUUCGUUAAAAGUUUGAAAAAUCCGCGCACUCUUCUAUUUCUAUUGCUCUCUCUUGGUCUGUCUUCCUCGAUGAGAGAAAAGAGAGCGCAGAGGUCAAAGAAAUCAAGGGAGGAAGGAAUUAUCUUCCCAAGUUCAAAUGAAAAAGGUCUCUGAAUUUUCCAAUAAAGGCUAUAUUUAUGUGUCUUUUUAACUCUCAACUCUUGAAAUCGCAAAAAAAAAAGUAAUUGAAAUUUAAUCCUGAAUGUAGAGCCUUCAAAAAGGUACAAGAAAAGACUCAGGCCCGUAAAAAGUACAUUUUUGAACCCGUAAAGGGAAAGAUGUUUUUAGUGGGCACUUUAGGGAUUGACAUUUUAGUUGUCUCUUUAAAGGAAAAAAAAAACUACUAUAGUGGCCACUUAGACGUAACAACUUGUUUCUAUAGAGGUGUUUUCAGUGCCCCUCCAAGUAAAGUGGCCCCUAGGUUUUUCCAGGAUUUUCAAUUUUUUUUUUUCCGAUCUUUGGUUAUUACGAAAAUUCUUUUUUUUUUCUCAGUCGACGUUUUCUUCUCGCAUGAUGUCCGAGAAGAAACUCCUCGAAGCCCACAUCAAGCACGGCAUCACGGCGUUGAACAUCUACGACAAGUGUCCCAAGAUCGGCUCCAACGAGGUCCGCAGUCGGCUUCUCGAGAAGCUCCAGGAGGAUAUCAAUGUUCGUAUUUUGUUUCAAACUGGAAAUUUCACAUUAUUCCGAAUCAAGAUUGAAAUCCUAGAAAAAAUAUAGUCUUUUCAGAUUUUGAAUGUCAAGUCGCUUCUAAAGCUCCGCCCCUUAUGGCGCGAUAAACCAAUCAGAGAGCGAGCCAUCCACAGAGUGUUAUUGAAUGACGUCAUUGCACUUGACAUUAAAAAUCUGAAUGAACUAUAAUAGGAUUUGACAAUGUUGAUUAUGAAUCUAGGAAGAGCUGAAACUGAUUCUUUAGCCUCAGAAAUUUUACUGAGAAAGAAAAUUUGAACUUCUAGAGCGGUCUUUGUUAAGUAUGUAAAAUAGGCUAAAAAGGCUAACUAAGAAAUAAGAACACGUGGAAGAUUAAACCACUAUAUACGUAAGGGUCUAAUACCACUGAUCAUUAUUUCAAUAUUCACUCUCGCCUCGUCUCAACCGAUUCGCCUACCACGUCUUCCGUCGACAACGCCGCAGACGACGCCGACUGACUCGACUACCUCUUUUUACAUAUGACCUAAUUUGCCGCGUGUAAAACACUUCCUUAAAUGAAACUUUUUGGUGUAAAAAGAGGUAGUCGAGUCAGUCGGCGUUGUCGACGGCGGCGGACGGCGUGGUAGGCGAAACGGUUGAGGCUAGGCGAGAGUGAAUAUUGAAUUGAUGAUCAGUGCAUCUAGACCCUUAUAUAGUGGUCUAAUCUUCCACGCGAUCUAUUUCUUAGUCACGCCUUUUUUACAUACUCAACAGUCUUUCAAUCAAUAAAUCAAUAAAUCGAUCCUAGACACAUUCACAAAAGACUGGUACCUCUAGUGACCAAUUUUUUUUUUCCAGAGCUCCGUUUUGGCCUAGAUUACUUUUCUGACCACUUAUUUUUUUAGGCAUCUUUUCUAGAUCAUUGAAAUUUUAGGCCGAGUUGGAGAAGUACAAACGACAAAAUGAAGCCAAAAGAGUGACGGGAUGUGCUUCGGCGAUGCUUGCCUGUGGAGACUCGGUACUGCUUGGAAUCGGGCUCGGCGGAGCGGCUGGAGGUGAAUCCAAAAAGCUUUGUGUAUAGCCCAUCCCGAGUCAUGUCACGAUUCUUUAGACUCCCGAGCUACAGUAAUAUUUUCUACGAUGCACGCGGCCUGUUCCCUGUGCGUGCGCCUUGAAUUUAACUGGGAAAUGUUUGCUUUUUUAAAGGCGCAUACAUAGAGACAGGCUACGAGUAUCAAGGAGAAGGUUGUGUAGUUGAUAAUCCCCAAACAUGUAACUUCAUCAUUUUUUAACGUUCACUAAAGUUUUUUUGAAGGACAGAGCUCGGGCAUGAUCAAAAUAUCUCUAUAAUAGUUUAUCUCAUUCUUUUUCCUUCGAAUCAAUAUUUUCUUGAAUUUCGCCCUGCUACUUUGAACUCUCCAGAGUAGCUUAUGGAAAGGAUUGUACUUUCAACAAGAAAAAUCAUAUUGACCAAAAUGAAGCUUUUGGAAACGAGAGGCCAGCCUACAAGUAACAAGUGGGAAGGGAGACAAAUUUGAGAUUUUUUAAGACCAGAUUUAAUUGAAGAUAAUUUCCAGGAGCCGUGGCUGGCGCUGUUGUCACACUUCAAGCCGGUAUUGUUAGCUUGGGUGAGUUUAAAGAUCGAGAAUUAUUUUUUUUUUGAAUGAGAGGAUCAGAUCGUUAUCACCUUUUAACAUUUUUUGACUUAUGGAAAACAUUUUAACUGAAAAAAACCAACUUUUUCAAAGCUUCUGGGAUUGUUUGACUGAGAGGAACUUUGAUAUUUCUUUCGAGUUUUUUUCAAAAGAUUCAACCUUUUAAAAAAACCUGAUUUUUUUAAAAGCUUACAUGAGUUUCGCGGUCAAAAAAAGCGUCGCAGUUCAUUUUUUCAAUCAUUUUUUAAAUAAUUUUUUUUUUCAUUGAACUGGUUUUUCGAUAUAAUUGAAGAGUUAUACCGCGUCACUUCUAGAAUUUUUUCAAUGAUGUAAAAAAAAUAAUAUAUUGAGCAUUAAAGGUUUUGUUGUAAUAUUAAUAACAGAAAGGCUGAUUUUUUUCCUUCAAAAAUUUCCAAAUUUGAUCACCUUAAACGUUUUAUUUUUUUAUUUUUUUGGGACUUACCUAAGUUUUGCGCUCAAAUGCCGUCUCCGUUUUUUUUCUUUCUUUUUUUAAAUGCGAUUUUUUUAAGGAAUCGUGGCCAUUCCAAUCUCUCUAUCCACGCUCUUCCUUAUCUGGGCCUACGUCUGGACGAAACCCUUCGUCGAACGCGUUUUCAGUAAAGAAUAAUCAAUUUUUUAUUCCAUUCCUUUCCUUGUAUAUGUAUAGAUUUUACGAUUCUAGGCCUUUCUUUGUAAAAUUUCGGUUCAUUGCAUUUUAUCUCGACGCCAAAUCAGCUCUUUUUCAUUUUUUAUGGAUAGUCUACCUUAGAUUUUGUCUCACUGCUUCUAUUUUUCCAAUUUCUUGCUCAAGUUCAGUUUUUUCCUUCAAAGCAUAAUUGUGAUCCGAUCACUUAUCAAAACUAACAAAACGGUUCGAUUUCCCAUAUCCCAGUGCCUCAAAUAUCUCUUUUUUUAUGAGAAAAAUUUCCUAUUCUUGUUGAUUUUUUAUUGAUUUUGUAUGAAGUUUAUCUUGCUGAUAUGCGAAUUUCAGUUUUUUUAGAGAAAUCUGGAAAAAAAUAUUUUAUUAAUCGGAAAAAUAGGUUUUGAGGUUUUUCAGAACUUCUUCAGAGACUUCAAGGUGAGUUCUUAAUUUUAAAUUUAAAUUUUUUUCGAUUUUUUUAUUGAUUAAAAAAACAACCACUGUAUGUACUGAGUAAGUACUUGACUAAUAGUAAAUGAAAUCUUUUUAAUUUGGAAAACAUCCAUUUUUCUAAAAAAAUAAAAGAGAAAUUUAGUGAAUUUCUAUAUGGUAGAUGGAUGAAUGGGAAUGAAGCUUUUUUUAAUACUUAAACUUGGAAUUUUUUCUUUUUUUGAAAAUAUUUGAAAGUAUUUCUUAUCCGGGACUGUUCCAAUUCACCCGAGUACGGAGGGUCCCCUCUAGUGACCACUUUACCAACCCCUAUAGGGGUCACUAAAGCUUCCAGAAGUGGUCCCUAUAGGGUACAUGCUAGUCGAUGAUUGUUAUGAACUCGAAGAAGCAUUUCCAUAAGGAAAAAUAAAAUUGAAAUUGAAAAAUGAAAUUGAAAGACGACUUUAGGGGCCACCUUAACUUUAUCUCUAUAGGGACCACUUUUUCGGAGAAAGGCGGUGUUUCCCUUCCAAACCCCUAUAGGGACCACUCCGGAAUAUCUAAGAAGGGCAGUUAUGAAAAGAAUAAAGAAAAAAGAACCUUUAAAGAAAAUAAACUUUUUUUUUAUAGUGAAUUCUUGUAUUCUAUUUAUUUUUAGCUGAAUUUUUGCUCAAUUCCUUGGAAAAUCUCCAGUUUUCCCCCCUGGAAAAUUCAACUCGAAAACCCGAACGGUUCUAGUUCUCUGGCCAAAUUAAGUGAUAAAAACGAGUGUGUAAGGCGUUUUGUUUUGACGAUUCCUUCUGGUCGAAACGGAAUCAAUUGGCGGUGAGUUGUAACAAACAAAAGGAGAAGUUUCCAUCGAAACUUCAUUCUUCCCCCUUCUGACAUGAAGACGUCUUCCGCCAAGCUCAUCUGGAGCCAUUUGGAAUAUUUCCUCAUCAGCGGCACCUUGAUUUUCGCCUUCUGUAUCACGGGCGUCGCCAUUUACCUCGCUGUCGAUAUUAUUGACGAGAUUGAAGAAUUCAAAGGUGAUAUUCGCGUCAAGUUGGAACAGUUUCAGGUAUCUUUCUCAUUUGUGUGA